ACGCUUCACACAUUUUAGGUUGCUGAGAGCUUAACCAAAGUUGUUGGAAAGAUGUCAUGGCUGGUGUUGUCUUUGGUAAUACUUACAUCUGGACUGGUUCAGUAUGGCCAGUCGGCUCUGGAUGGGACAGGAUUGGACCCCGAAGUUAACAUGAACAUUAGUGAAAUUAUCAGACACUGGGGUUACCCUGCUGAAGAAUUUGAGGUGGUCACUGAAGACGGAUACAUCCUGAGCAUCAAUCGAAUCCCACAUGGAGUCAAAAACAAAAAUGAAGAAGUCAAGCCUGUAGUGUUUCUCCAACACGGUCUUCUCGCUGCUGGAAGUAACUGGGUGACAAACCUGCCCAACAACAGUCUGGGAUUCGUUUUAGCUGAUGCUGGAUUUGAUGUAUGGAUCGGGAACAGUCGCGGGAACACCUGGUCCUGCAAACAUGUCAGCCUUGACCCAAGACAGAAAGAAUACUGGAAGUUCAGUCAUGAUGAAAUGGCUAAAAAGGAUCUUCCUGCAGUGAUAAACUUCAUCACAAAGAUGACUGGCCAGGAACAAAUCUUUUACGUGGGCCAUUCUCAGGGAACAACAAUAGCAUUCAUGGCUUUCUCCACAAUGCCUGAGCUGGCCAGCAAAAUCAAGAUGUUCUUUGCACUGGCUCCUGUUGCCACAGUGGGGAUGACCAAAAGCCCGAUGACCAAACUGUCAGUAAUUCCAGAGUUUCUGAUUUGGGAUCUCUUUGGUCAAAAAGACUUUUUUCCUCAGAAUGAACUGAUCAAGUUUUUCGCCACUGAGUUCUGCAGCAGGAAGCCUUUGAGUGUGUUGUGUGGAAACGUCUUCUUUCUUCUCUGCGGUUUUGAUGAGAAGAACCUGAACAUGAGUAGAACACCUGUGUAUACGACACACUGUCCAGCAGGAACCUCCGUCCAGAACAUGAUUCACUGGGCUCAGGCUGUGAAAUCCAGUAAGCUCAUGGCAUACGAUUAUGGAAGAGCUGGAAAUAUGGCACAUUAUAAUCAGUCGACCCCUCCACUUUACAACAUCCAGGACAUGACGGUACCCACAGCUGUGUGGUCUGGUGGACAGGACACUCUGGCAGAUCCCAAGGAUGUGGCUUUGCUGCUAACACAGAUCCCUAAAUUGGUGUAUAAACGCGACAUUAAGCACUGGGAGCACCUGGAUUUUAUCUGGGGGAUGGACGCCCCACAAGAGAUGUAUGAGAAAAUGAUCGAAAUAAUGAGGGAGAAUGUUUGAAGAGACAUACAGUAUUAACUUUGUUUAGACUAUCAGUCCAAAUCUGAUUUUUGCGCAUGUCCAAGUAAAAUUAGAUGUGAUCAGGUCAAGAAAAAAAAAAGGUGUUUUCCAACUAAACACAAAUCCUCCCAUUUGGACUGAGCGAGUGAAAAAAGCUUUUGAUUGAGCAGCAGGUUUUAUCAGCAUUCUUUGAGCCUUAACUAAUGCUUUUCUACCUCUUUGUUUGUUUAUACUGUAAGCAGAUGAACCAUUUGUUUGAGGUGCUGGUAACCCAAUCAACAUUUUACGAAUGUAAAUUUGAUCUUAAAAACCAAUGGAAGUCUUUCUGUGCCAUCAUACAGAGACUGUUUAACACUCAAGAUCAGGUGUCGUUUUUAAUGUCCUUUAAAGUACAUGCACUUGUUUAAUGUUUUAACUGUAGCUUUUACUAACCACUACAUCUUCAAACUGUAGCAUUUCAUCAUUUAUUUUAAUGUUUUGGUAGGAUUGUUUAAAUCAUGUGAUAUAUCCCAAUAAACACAGAAGACAUG